CGGUGUUACGUUUCAACUCUGAUUUAUUCAUUUUCAUUUACAUCCCUUGCAAAGCAGUUUUCUUUCGUAUAGAGUAUUUUGAUUUUCGCCAAGUUCACAUGGUAUUCGAGCGCGAAUUUACUGUCAUUUUUCUAUUCUUGACUCGGAGCAAUGUCAAAGAAUAUAAAAAACAGGAUCAUAUACUGUAUUACUGUAAUAUUUUUCCCGAGAGUUACAUGUAUCAUGUAAACAACUAUUCAAUGAUGCCCGUACAACAUUUUCGCAAUUGUGACUUUGUAUAAUUCUGCAAUAGGGGAACGGACGUGGACGGAUUAAGGGCUGGGACAUACCCCCAUCGACUCAAGCUCAAUAAUAUAAGUCAAGGGUGUUGCAUUAUUAACGCCUCCAUUGCUAACUGACGAGAAAAAAACUGUGAAAACUUGAAGAUAAUACCUGUCUAAAAAUAUUCACCAUGUACCAUUACGCCCACAGCCACGCCAUGGCGAAGGGUCAUACAGGACAAAGCAACGGAGCAUGGGACACCAACGAUGUCCUAUUCGACCCUCUUACCAUGUCACCUUCGCUAUCAUCGAAGAGCCACGAGUUCGAAACGACCAAUCCAGACUUCGUCAUACAUACCAGCUCGAUGAACAAGAGGUCGUGGGAUCUAGGACGAGUAGCUAGAGGAGGGAAAGGAUGCAGAGGGUUGUUUACCAACAUGAGACAGAGACAGGAGGAGGAGGAUGAGAGUCAUUACUUCCCAGAAUACAACUCUGGUAUCACAAGGAUACUCUCAUUGAUGCAGAUUAUCAUGGGUGUGGUCAUCAUACUCAUCGGUAUAUUUGCUUACGUUGCCAAGGCAACUAUUGGGCCUAUGAUACCAGCCAUGGACAUCGGGUGUGGAGUUGUGCUGUACAUAACUGGAGGAGUCCUCGGAAUCUUUACCAAAUGUCGUGCAAAACGAAUGGUAGCAGCAUUCAUCUUGCUUAGCAGUUGUUCUUUUGUUUCAUCCACUGUGCUUGGAGCAAUUCAUGCCCUGGCAGGAUUUCAACCCCAUUCCAUCUGCGCCUACCUUCACUGUGGAAGCUCCCCUGAUGAGUCAUCAAGACAGGUGAUGGACAGUGUAAUAGCUAUUCUUAGUUUCAUCGAAGCCGUGUUCGCAUUGGUUUCCGUCAUCGUCGGCGUUCAUGGCUUCUGUAAAUGGCGUCAUGGAAAAUGAGAUAUGAGGCUUUCACUGUCUCGACUUCAGUCCGAGGAAAUGAGAUCAUUGUGGCACUGUAUUAGUUCUUUUAAUCAUACUUUUCUUUGAAAUCGAAUGCUCUUCAAAGUAUGAUAAUCAAUGACAAUGUAGGCUUAUCGGUUGAAUAUAGGCCUUCACCUCCUUAAGGUAUAGGCCUAAGGAUUUAUUUCAUGAGGGAUUUAGCAUUGGAUUAAAGUGGAUCAAAUGCAUCAACUUGCCAACAAAUGUAAUGUUUCUCUUUCUAACUUCAUACUCGGUGAAAUUUUAUGCGAUGUAUCUCAUCAAGUAGAUUAGGCCUAUAUUACGAAAUUGUAUAGCAAAGUACCAUGGGUGAUGACAGAGUUACUAUAUAUCUUUCAUUUCAUUCAGUCUUUAUUCCAUCUUUGUUUAAAUCAUAUAAAAACUACAUUGAAAUAUAUAACUAUACAAAGGUAUCAUAAACCAUUAUAAAUUGAACAUUUGAAUACAUUUAUCACCACGAAGAAUGAAUAAUACUUGUGAAUGUUAUGCAAUUGGACUCUUAUCCACCGCCCACUUAUGUUUAACUGCGUUUUCAAGCAUUUCAGAAUGUACACUUUACGUGUUCUUUUUGGAAAAGGAAGUCAGGUUUAAAAACAAAAAUUGUAGCAACAUGAGACAGUAAUCUACAACUGACGAAUUAAUUAUUUAAUUGUUGUCUCCAUGAUACUAGGUUAGUCUUAUAUAAUUAUGACUAUUACUAUGUUUUUGUAGUUCUCGUAUUCAUCUCAUUUACAUGUUACCCUCAUUACCCUUGUUUUAAUGUGUUCUAGUGUCAUCUCUUUGUAUGAUAACUUGUUCUAUAUUUAAAUUCCUGACAAUGUAGUCAUUCAGAUGGGUUUUACUUUUUGUUUGUAAAUAUUAAUUGAAGAGAAUUAUCUGAAUGAGGUGAUGAUAUGAUAACAAUCAUCAUGAUCACAUGUUCUUAUCCUCGUAUUUGUGAACUUUAGCCUGUGAUGCUGCAAGAAUCGAAAACAAGGUUUCUUACGGCCGUUCUUCCCAGUAAAAUAAACUCACUGGAAGCAAGGUAAUACUUGACAAGAGUCCCUGACGCAUCACCGGCCCAUUUUUCACUAAUAGGUAUCAUAACACAAUCAAGGAUCGACAACCGAAGACAAAAUAAAAAUCGAAAUGCCGUAGAUGGCGUAAUAGCUGGCGUGUGGCUGACCAGAGAAAGGUGUCGUUGCCAAGUGGACUAAGGCGCCGACUAGACAUUUGGCAGUCCGGGGUUCGAUCCACCGUAAGCAACGCAUUCAAUCGACAGUGCUCUUUUAUCUCGCAUUAAAGUAAAUGGAAAUGCUUUAAAUGCUUUAUGCAUUGUUAGAAAAUAGGUGUGGACUUGUGUGAAAAAAAUAUCGUCUUACAUACGGCACUGCAUAUGGCCAUGGAGGUCCAUGAUAUGGCACUGACAAGAUAUACAAACUAUAGUUACACUUCGUAAUUCUGAAGAUUCGUAAUUCCGAAACACGUUAAUUGCCUAUACCCCUUCUUUAAUCCGAAA